AAACAUACGCGCUGGUGCCGCAGUGAAAACGUAUAAACGCUUCACAUUUUCGUUGGUUUUCCUGUGUUUUUAGUGGCAAUAUUGGUGAGACAUUACUAUAUUUGCAAAGGUUCCGUGAAUUUGGUAAUAAACCAUGGAUCAGGAUUUGUACGAUGAAUUCGGCAACUACAUUGGCCCAGAUCUGGAGAGCGACGAUGACGAUGAUCAGAGCAUCUACGGGCAGCCCGAGCAGCCGGACGAAAUGGAUGAGGAUGCAAUUGAGGAGGACGAAAUAGAGGCGGAUGAUGAGAAGCGUUCCCGGGCGAUUGUGUUACAUGAAGACAAGAGAUACUAUCCGACGGCCUUAGAGGUGUAUGGGCAGGACGUAGAGACGAUAGUUCAAGAGGAGGACGCUCAACCUCUGGACAAGCCUCUCAUUGAGCCGGUGAAGAAAAUGAAGUUUCAGCUGAAGGAGCAAGAGCUGCCCGAAACGACCUACAACAUGGAGUUUCUCGCUGAUCUGAUGGAUACGCCGCCACUGAUAAGAAAUGUGGCUCUUGUGGGUCAUUUACAUCAUGGUAAGACCACAUUUGUCGACUGCCUCGUGCGUCAGACUCAUCCGCAGUUUCAGGUGAUGGAGGAGAGAAAUCUCCGAUACACAGACACACUGUUCACUGAGCAGGAGCGCGGUGUGAGCAUCAAGGCGACGCCCAUCACGCUCGUCUUGCCAGAUGUGAGACAGAAGAGCUUCUUGAUGAACAUCUUUGACACUCCCGGCCAUGUGAAUUACUCUGAUGAGGUGACUGCGGCGCUAAGGAUCUGCGACGGAGUUGUUCUGUUUGUGGAUGCCGCCGAAGGGGUGAUGCUGAACACUGAGCGUCUGCUGAAGCAUGCAAUUCAGGAGAAAAUGGCCAUCACAAUCUGCAUCAACAAGAUUGAUCGUCUGGUGCUCGAGCUGAAACUUCCUCCUCAGGAUGCGUAUUUCAAGCUAAAGCACAUUGUUGAGGAGAUUAAUGCCCUAAUUGGCAUUUACACCGGCUCUGGAGGAAAUGCACCUGUUAUCUCACCAAUUCUGGGUAAUGUUUGCUUCGCCAGCUCACUUUAUGGCUUCUGCUUCACUCUCAAGUCCUUCGCGAAGAUGUAUGCCGACACUUAUCCUGGUGUGAACAUCGUGGAGUUCUCACGACGCCUUUGGGGUGACAUGUACUUCCACUCGAAGUCACGACGAUUCACCAAGAAAUCGCCACACAAUUCAGCACAGCGGAGCUUCGUGGAGUUCAUCCUUGAGCCACUGUACAAGUUGUUUGCUCAGGUUGUUGGCGAUGUUGACACCACGUUGAUGGACACUCUGACUGAACUAAACAUAAAGUUGACGAAGGAGGAAUCCAAGAGCAACAUUCGACCUCUUUUGCGUCUGAUAAUGAAUCGCUUCUGUGGGGAUUUCUGUGGAUUCGUCGACAUGUGUGUGGAGCAUAUAAAGUCUCCUCUGGACAACAGCAAAAACAAGGUGGAUCACAUUUACACGGGAGUCAAAGAGGGUUCACUCUACGAUGACAUGCUGAAAUGCAACCAGAACGGACAUCUUAUGGUGCACAGCUCGAAAAUGUAUCCCACGGAAGAUUGUACGUUUUUCCAAGUGCUCGCUCGGGUGGUCAGUGGAACUCUGCAUGCUGGACAGGAGGUGCGAGUGCUUGGUGAGAAUUAUUCUCUGCAAGAUGAGGAAGACUCCAGAGUUCUUCAAGUGGGUCGGCUCUGGAUCUACGAGGCGCGGUACAAGGUGGAGCUGAAUCGCGUACCAGCUGGAAAUUGGGUUCUGAUUGAGGGAAUUGAUCAGUGUAUUGUGAAAACAUCCACAAUCACGGACGUUGAUCACUCUGAGGACAUGUAUAUAUUCCGGCCGCUGAAAUUCAAUACUCAAAGCAUUAUUAAGAUUGCUGUGGAGCCGGUGAAUCCCUCAGAAUUGCCCAAGAUGCUGGAUGGAUUGAGGAAAGUGAACAAAUCCUAUCCAUUGUUGAGCACCAGAGUUGAGGAGUCUGGUGAGCACGUUAUUCUGGGUACGGGAGAGUUGUAUUUGGACUGUGUGAUGCAUGACUUGCGGAAGAUGUACUCAGAAAUUGACAUCAAAGUGGCCGAUCCGGUGGUGGCGUUUUGUGAAACUGUCGUGGAGACGAGUUCGCUGAAGUGCUUCGCCGAGACGCCGAAUAAGAAGAACAAAGUGACUAUGAUUGCUGAGCCGCUGGAGAAGGGACUGGCGGAGGACAUUGAGAACGACGUGGUGAGCAUUGGAUGGAAUAAGAAGAGAUUGGGAGAAUUCUUCCAAGUGAACUACGACUGGGAUCUUCUGGCGGCCCGAUCGAUCUGGGCAUUUGGACCGGAUGUCACUGGGCCCAAUAUUCUCGUGGACGAUACUCUGCCCUCUGAGGUGGACAAGAGUCUGCUGGGAACAGUGAAGGACUCCAUCGUGCAGGGCUUUCAGUGGGGCACUCGCGAAGGACCGCUCUGUGAGGAGCCCAUCAGGAAUGUGAAGUUCAAGAUCCUGGACGCGGUUAUUGCAAAUGAACCUCUCCAUCGUGGUGGAGGUCAAGUGAUCCCGACAGCGCGAAGAGUGGCAUAUUCGGCUUUCCUAAUGGCCACGCCACGUCUGAUGGAGCCCUAUCUCUUCGUGGAAGUUCAGGCUCCUGCUGAUUGUGUGUCUGCAGUGUACACUGUGUUGGCGAGAAGGAGAGGACAUGUCACCCAGGAUGCACCUGUUCCCGGAUCUCCGCUGUACACAAUCAAAGCCUUCAUUCCGGCAAUUGAUUCAUUUGGUUUUGAGACUGAUCUCCGAACUCACACGCAGGGUCAAGCAUUUUGUCUGUCAGUCUUCCAUCACUGGCAAAUUGUGCCGGGAGAUCCUCUCGACAAGAGCAUCAUCAUUCGACCACUGGAACCUCAGCCAGCCACACAUUUGGCUCGGGAAUUCAUGAUUAAGACUAGAAGGAGGAAAGGUCUCUCAGAGGAUGUCUCCAUCAACAAAUUCUUCGACGAUCCCAUGUUGCUGGAGUUGGCGCGACAAGACGUCCUCCUCAAUUAUCCACUAUAAGGUAUUUAUGUAAGUCCUCACUCCCACAAAACGAUGCUCUUUUUCCUCUGGAUCAUUCGCUGCUGAUGAUGGAACUUCUGAACUUUCUGGAAGUGCUCGAGAAGAGCAUUGAAAUC